GAGGAAGACGCGACGCGACGCCUACAUCACGUCAUUUACCCGCGACGAGUCUGCGAAGAGAUGGCUUCGGUUCAGAAGGGGAAGAAGGUGGUCAAUCAAGAGGAUUUGCGGCGGUUUAUGAAGGAGAAGAAACUGUCGAGCGAGCGACAGAAACGCGUUGAAUCGCCGCACGCAAAAUACAACAGUGUGGGUCAGCUGAGCUGCGCGCUGUGCAACGCGCCGGUGAGGAGCGCGCUCCUGUGGCAGACACACGUCCUCGGGAAACAGCACAAAGAUAAAGUGAACCAGCUGAAGAACAGAGACAGCGCUGGAGCCCCGGCAGCGUCUUCAUCAGCAGCAUCAUCAUCCUCAGCGCUGAAGAGGCCCGCGCCGGACCCCGCGUCCACAUCCGGGAAACGCGCGAAGCUUCCUCUCACCGGAGGCGCAGGUGCCGCAGGAGGACCGGUCUCAUCUUCAAGUCAGUCUGUGGGUCUGGGGCUCCUCGCUGGACUCUACGGUGAUGAUGAUGAUGAAGAAGAUGUUCCAGCCGCUGCUCUCCCGGUGGACUUCUUCGACAGCAGCGUGGGCUCGGGCCCGCCGGCCGUGUCUCACUCCGGCUCAGUGUCUAAACCGGAGGACGCUGAGGAGAGCGCGGCGGAGAGGAAGGAGCCUGCGGCCGAGGCCCUGCCCGAGGGCUUCUUCGACGACCCGGUGCGUGAUGCUAAAGUGCGUAACGUGGACACGCCGCGGGACCAGAUGGACAAGGAGUGGGAGGAGUUCCAGAAGGAGAUGCGGCAGGUGAACAGUGCGUCUGACGCCAUCGUGGCCGAGGAUGAUGAGGAGGGACGUCUGGAGCGGCAGAUCGACGAGAUCGAUGAGCAGAUCGAGUGCUUCCGGCGCGUGGAGCUGCUGCGCUCCAGACAGGAAGUGAAGAGCGCGGCGGCGCGAGAGAGACGCCAGAGAGCUGAGGCGGAGGAAGAGGAGGAUAAUGAUGAUGAGGAGGAUGAGGAAGAGCUGAUGCAGGUGCUGACGCAGGACUGGAGGGCCAAAGGUGCUCUCGCUUAACUCUGAUGACAAACACCUGCACUCUUCCUCCCAUAGUUCCUGUUUUGUUUGCUGUCAUUUCUGUACAGAGAUUUAUUAAAUCAGAAUGCAUUGUGAAGUUUUUAUAAAGCACAUGCAGUUUGUCUGUAGUUCUGAGGAUUAUUUGCUCCGUCUCAUAUUCCUCCGUUGUUCUCCGUAAUCAUCAAUGAUCUACAGCUGCAGUUAGAGUCCAGUUAUUCACAUCUCAUCACGUUCAUGUGUAGAAUACACCGCUCCGACACCAGGACACUAUUAUACAAACAGAACAGAAAAUGUGUAUAUUUUAUAUAUGCAGUUAUUUUUUAUUCAUUUGACAGCCGUAAUAUACACACUUUGCAUCAAGAAUUAGGGUGUGUAAACUUUUGAACCAAGUGAUGUGUGUAUUUGUCAGAGGCUUUCACAAUGUACUGUCCUUCAGAAGACUUAAUAAAAUGCCUUCUCAAUUCCCAGAA